AUGGAGGCGGCGGCGGCCGGAAGGGGCCUGGACCUGGCCGGCCCGCUCCGCGACCUCCUCCCGCCGGUGGACUUCUGCUGCGCGUACGGCUCCACCCUCACCCACGCCCGCCCCGACGCCACCUCCAUGGUCGACUACAUCCUCGGCGUCGCCGACCCCCUCCAGUGGCACUCCGAGAACUUGGCGAGGAACCCCACGCAUUACUCUAGCUGGAUGGCGCGCCGUGGCCCCGAAUCCGUCACUUGGCUCGCAGAUCGUGUCGGUGUCGGGGUGUACUUUAAUCCCUUUGUCGAGUGGGGAGACAAGAGGAUCAAGUAUGGGGUCGUAGCGAUGAAGGACCUGGCGACGGAUAUCUUGACCUGGGACCAGUUCUACCUAAGUGGCCGACUGCAGAAACCUGUUCGUGUUCUUGUCGAUAACUGGGAUAUAAGGAAAGUUAACACAGUUAAUCUGAAAAUGGCAGCUGCAGCUUCUCUGCUUCUUUUGCCAGAAGAAUUCACUGAGUAUGACCUAUACGCAAAAAUUUGCAGCCUAUCUUAUAUGGGUGACAUAAGGAUGUUAUUUGCCGAAGACAAAUAUAAGGUCAAGAAGAUUGUGGACGGUAGUUUCCAGCCAUUUCAAUCGAUGUACAGACCCCUGAUACAUGAGUAUAUUUCUGAAGGGAUACUGAAGAUGUCAGAUUACAGACAACAAAAGGCUUUCAAGCAGGACUGUGGUGUAUCUGCAACGAACGAACUGUUUUCUUCUCUCCCGCGUAUGAUCCAAAGGAGACUGCAGGGAAGAUUCACAUCGAAUAGCACAGAAAUACCGACUCACACACCGACCCGCACGUUGGUUCCAUCGAAAGAGGUGGCAGCGGCAUCCGUCCGCACGGCUCUUAGGCGCCGCGUAAUGGUUUCGAGCGCACGGCAAGCAGCUUGCGGGCUGCUCGCCGCUGGCGGCAUGGUCGCCGCGCGGUACCUGGGGAAGAAAAUGUCCAAGGCCUUGAGCACCCGAUGUUUGACGUUUUUCUAG